ACCAGGAGAUUCUACUCCCUCGUUUUCUCGCCUGCAGCCAUUGUUAUUUGCCCUCAAAGCCCAAAACCGGAGAGUCAGAGACUCCACAGACGGAUUCUUGAAGAAAUAAUCAACAAAAGUGAACCAGAAGAAGAAGAAGAAGAAGAAGAAGAAGAAGAAGAAGAGAGAGAGAGAGAGAGAGAGAGAGAGAGAGAGAGAGAGAGAGAGAGAGAGAGAGAGAGAGAGAGAGAGAGAGAGAGAGAGAGAGAGAGAGAGAGAGAGAGACGGAGGGAGAAAUGGAUGACUUGCUGUAUGAGGAGCUUCUUCAAGAGAUAUUUACAAGACUGCCGUCAACACCAUCGUCUUCUCUAUCAGUCUCUCUGGUCUCCAAGCGCUGGCUCCGUCUCUAUCGAAGUUCACGAACCUCUCUCUCCCUCCGUGUUCCUCCUCACAACUCCAUAAUUCCCUCUCUGUCCUCUUUCCUCUGUCACUACCCUUCCUUGUCUUCCCUCUCCAUUCUUCUCUCUUCUUUUGACUCCGCAACCUCGACAGGUUGCUCUCUCUCCGAUCACCUUCUCUUCGCAGUCUCCUCUUCUUGCCCCAACCUUCGGCUCCUUAGGUUCUUGGCUGGUCCAGUGUCGUUUUCUUAUCUCCGUUCUUUGUCUACAACAUGUAUCCAUCUUACAUCUCUCACUGUUUCUCUCCCUCGGAGGCCUCUGGUUUUUAGCUGGAUUGCUUCUUUUUCCUGCUUGAAGGAGCUGUCUGUUCACGUCUGCCCUAGAGAUGGUGUUGAAGAUGAUUGUGGUGGAAACAAGGAAUCUGGAUUGUGUUCCAGUGAGGGUUUUGAGGCAGAAUUGGGUUUGGAAAGCCUUUAUUUGUCUGGAAUUCGAGCAGGAGAUUGGGGUGUGGGUUGGCUAUGGAAGAACUGUAAAAGGCUGAAGAAAUUGCAGCUGAAGAGCUGUGAAAGUAUUGGGGACGGAGAGUCUCUUGCUUCUUUUGUUAAAUGUUUGGAGGGUAUUGAAGAAGUUGAGCUGAGGACAUGUAGGAGUAUUGUUGAUGGGGUUCUCUUAAAAUUAGCAGAGAAUUGUUGCUCCCUCACAUCUCUUCUGGUCUACGAUGGCGGCAGCAGAGAAGGUUUACUUCAUUUCAUUAGCAAUUGCAGGUGUAAAUUGACUAAACUUGACCUUCGUCUACCUCUAGACCUUAAAAAUAAUCAUCUCCUUGCUGUUGCAUUGAAUUUUAGGGGUCUCUCCAUUCUCAGGCUGCAAAGUUGCUGUCUGGUGACUGGUGAGGGCCUAAAGACUUUAGGGAUUGCCCUGAGUUCUGGUCUUAGAGAAUUGGCACUAAUUAACUGUGAUGUUGUUGAGAGAGAACCUGGGUUGCUUGCUACUUUAGGACAGCAUUUUAGGCAAUUAAAGAAAUUGGACUUGUCUUACAAUGAGAUGUUGCUUGACAAGGAAUUUGUCUCCAUGUUAGCUUCAUGUAAUUUUCUGAUUGAGUUGAAGUUGAGAGGGUGCAAGAAGCUCACUGGUUUAGCCAUGUCCUCAAUGUGCAAGAGUUGCCAGAAAUUGGAGAGUGUUGAUGUUGUGCAUUGUUGUGGGAUUGAGGCUGAGGCUGUGGAGUUGUUUGUCCUAAAUUCUCCACAGCUGCAGCUCUUGCAGGUUGAAGAAAGUAAGAUUUCCAAUGCUGCAAGGGCACUGGUUUUAAAUAGAUCUAUACAAGUUGUUGUCUGAUUGAUGAUUUUAAUAUGUUAGCUUCACGUAGUUUUCUGAUUGAAUUAAAGUUCAGAGGGUUUCAAGAGGCUCAGUGGUUUAGCCAUGCCCUUGAUAUGCAAGAGUUUGCAGAAAUUGGAGAGGGUUGAUGUUUUACAUUGUUGUGGGUUGAGACUGAGCUGUGGAGUUGUUUGUUCUGGAUUCUCCACAGAUGUGGAGGUCGCAGGUUGAAGAAAGUGGGUGUUGCAGGUUAGAGAAAGUGAGAUUUCAGAUGCUGCGAGGGCAUUGGCUUUGAAUAGAUCUGUAGAAGUUGUUGCCUGAUUGAUGAUUUCAAUUUGGGAUAUUGAAAAGGGCUUAUUACUUUAUAUAGUACUAAGUUAUUCAAAGCUGCAAAACAAGCAAAAGUACAGGUACAUAUAAAAGCACUUGCUCUUAGUCUCUUGUAAAUAUUUAUGUUUUACAAGCUAUGUCUUGAGAUGAGCAGCUUUAUUAUGGAAUAGGUUGUUAGUACAAAUAUUUGGUUCUAAUAAUUAAGAUUUAUAGCAACAUUUACUUUUGAUUGUUCCUUCUCUGUACCAAAUAUUAAUUUCUUAGUUGUUAUACAAUUUUCUUUCUUAUGGCGUCAUAGUUUGGCUUAGCAACAUACCCCCUCACUAGAAGGGUGUAUAUGAGUGGUUCUUUACUUGGCAGGAAUAGCAUUGGCUCUGAUAUAAUGCUACAUUGUAAUCCAAUAUCAUAUGAUGAUAGAUAUAUCUACGUAAAGUUAACUUAUUAUGAAUCCU